CUACUCUCACUUCUUCUCAUAUAUUUUAUUAACAUUAAUAAAAACAUUGUUACAAAGUUAAUUGUACCAAAAACUAUAAUGGUUGUGAAACUAUAUGGGCAGGUAACUGCAGCUUGUCCACAAAGAGUAGUGCUUUGUUUUUUAGAGAAAGAAAUUGAGUUUGAGAUUGUUCAUGUCGACCUUGAUACAUUAGAGCAGAAGAAACCAGAACAUCUUCUUCGUCAGCCAUUUGGUCAAGUCCCAGCCAUAGAAGAUGGAGACUUCAAGCUUUUUGAAUCUAGAGCCAUUGCGAGAUACUACGCGACCAGGUACGCGGACCAAGGCACAAACCUUUUGGGCAAGUUUCUAGAGCACCGAGCCAUCGUGGACCAGUGGGCCGACGUGGAGACCCAUUACUUUAACGUUCUGGCGUUCCCCAUUGUGCUUAACCUAGUCAUCAAGCCCAGGUUAGGCGAAGAAUGUGACGUCGUUUUGGUCGAGGAGCUCAAGGCGAAGCUAGGGGUGGUCUUGGACAUAUACGAGAACCGGCUUGCUUCCAACCGGUUUUUGGCUGGUGAUGAAUUCACUAUGGCUGAUUUGACGCACAUGCCAGCGAUGGGGUACUUGAUGCGUACCGAUGUAAACCAGAUGGUUAAGGCUCGAGUGAAUAUGAACCGGUGGUGGGAAGAGAUUACGGCUAGACCGGCUUGGAAGAAGCUUAUGAAGAUGGCUGGUUUUGAAGCUUAAGUUUAUAACGUUCCAAACCAACUACGCGUUUCAUACUUUCUGUUAAUCUGUCUGUCUGAGUUUUGUACAUUACAAUAAUUAAAUCAAUUUACUUUUGAAGAUUUUAAUUAAUCAAUUAAUUCUAAAAAACAUGAGCCAAACCCCC